UGCCAAUAUAACUCAAGGUGAACACCCUUGAGGAUCAUUUUUUCCCUUUAUAUAAUAAAAAGCGUGAUUUCCAUCAAGAACGACAGCGAAACUUGAUUUCUUAACAAUUCACGCAUUAGGCAUCGAAGGGUUUGAUUUCAUGGUGCCGUUACCGUCUCGUCCUUCGGUCACGUGGUUGCACCAAGGAUAGCUGAGUUCGGUUGAGUUUGAGCCGUGUUGUUGUGAAUGUCACAGUUGAUCCGACGUCUAGAUUGAGUCUAGACGGGUCGAGAUCAUAAAUUCCGUUGACAAUUUGGUGCUGCGAAGAGAGGCUGACCGAGAGAGGAUACUGGUGCAACACUGUAGUGAUUGCGGGUGCUUUUUAGGUGUCCUUAAAAAGGUUCGUCGGAAUCAUUAGGUGGACAUUCAGUGCGGUUUGUAAGUGGCGUAGAAAUAUAUAGAGCCGGUGCGGGACGAGACGGAUGCCCACUUCGGACACGCAUACCUUAGCGCCUUUAAACCUCUCAACCUUUUAACCUUUAAGCUCUUUAAACUCCUUAAGCCUUAUCUUUAUUGCACGGGAGGACACCGCGACACUCUCUAAUAUACAUACCUACGGACAUAUCCGUACUCACACGCUACUGUCCACCAAACGUGGCCUGGCAAAGCCUCGUUGAAGCACCAAAGUCCGGGAUUAUGGCUUGCAUCAGAGCUCCAAGGUCCGUACAAGGCUCAACCGACGACGUCAAGAUCGACCCUACUACUCGAAACAUUGUACAGAUAUACACAGACUGGGCGAAUCAUUAUCUGGAGCGAGGCGGUUCUCGUCGAAGGGUUGCGGACCUCCAGGCCGACCUCUGUGACGGAGUUCUGCUUGCCGACCUUGUCGAGGCUGUCACCAAUCAGAAAGUAAUCGACGUCAAUCGAAAGCCGAGAAAUACGCAGCAAAUGGUGGAGAACGUGAGCUUGUGCGUCGGGGCGCUUCGCGCACUCGGUGCAGACGUCGGGGCGGUGAAUCCCGGUGAGCUUGCCUCCGGGUCCACCCUACGCCCCGUCCUGGCCCUUCUCUUCGCCUUGUCGCGACAUAAGCAACGGGCCAAACAACUUCAAGACAUGCCUCGAUUGCCUUCGCCCUACAAUAAGCAGGCGGGUGCCGGCGGCCCGGGAGGUCAGGGUGGGACCAGCAUCCCCUUGCCUGCGACCGUCGCUGCCACGAGAAGAUGUCCUCCGGACAAAGUCAGGCCUGCACCAUCACCGGCCCACCAAACGCAACUCGGGCUGAAGCAUGGAAACGGAGGGAUAGGAAGCGCCAGCAGCUCCAGGAGCACAAGCCCUAGUCAACAGCAGCCCCCUCAGGGCGGCCUGUCCUUCAUUCCACAGCCGAGAAGUCAGAACCCUGCGAACAGGCAUCCUCCAGCAACUACUCCAAGCCCGCGGGCCUCGACCGUCGGCCGACCUGGUGGCCUCAGGGCGCCCCAGGCCUCGCCGUACGCAGCUCCGCAGCCGACGGUACAGCAACAGGGGAAGAACUCGGUCCUUGACAAAUUCAAGCUCUUCAACAACAAGGAGAAGAAUCAGGAACGAAGCAAAGCGUCUUCCGGCGUUUCAAAACGCACCUCAAGCUCGUCCGGGUUCUCAUCGGCGAGGUCGGAACACUCGGACAGCUCGACUUCCCUCUGUGACCAGAGCAAGGUUCAGGUGGAAUCCCCGAAGUCGAGAGCUCUCAAGUCUAAGCUUCAAGCGAAACCUGCGAAACAGGCGAGUCCCAAGGCGGCGAGGAAGGAACAGGCCAAGGCGCAGAGCAAAAUCGCGAGGACGAAGGGACCAGAAAAGGGUCUCGCCUACACUCCGCCCGUAGACGACGCGAAGACUAGCAAAAUCGCUAACAUCACGCCGAAGCUCGUCUCGGACAAGAAGCCGAGCAACGCGGAAUUCCUGAAGCCCACUGGUCAACUGCAGAAAUCGAAUGCCGCUCUGACGGCCCCGAAGACAGUCGCACCUCUGCAGGAAACUAAGAUCGUUACGAACCAGAAAUCGGAAACCAAGCACGCCCAGCGACCGAAAAUGGAACUUCCGGGCAAAAUAUCCGACUCGAAAAUUCAGCUCCAAGGGCUCAAGGGCCCUCCGAAUGGACUGAACAAGGACAUAAUUGCCCAGAAGGUAGUCACCCCGAACAGCAACGGUUUCAUCAAGCAAAACGCACAGGAGCACAACUAUUCCGGGUCACCGAUCUCACCGAGCCAUGGGCAGGUCUCGCCCUUCGAUAAAACCAUGUCAAUGAACCAUUCGAACAUAUCGGACGCGCAGAAUCAUCACUUGGAGACGAAUCAGCAGCAACAGCAUUACUUCUCGACGGUAGACGAAGGCAACGAGAAGCAAUAUCUGACGGACGUAACACCCUCGCCGCAAAAUGGUAAUCAAAAAUCAACUCCUACCGAAACGCGGACUGCAGAAGCUCGGACACCGAAUCAGAAUGAAUCCUCGACGAAAACACUGUUGUCACCGGUUUCUCAUCACCCUACGGACAGCGGUAAUCAAGCCGAUAAUUACAACUCUGGGCAAGGUGACAACGACUCCUGCCAAAAGAAAAUUAAGUCCGACGCCAGUCCCUCCGGUCAGGGAUUCGAAACGCUACCGAACAACUUGGGCAAUUCGAUGCAAAAUCUCGCGCCUGGUUCCAGCAUUCCUAAACCCACCGCACUCGUCAAGGGCACCUCGAAACCCCCCAAGGAUCCUUGCUAUCUUGGCACUCCAACUCCCAACAAGUACAAGGCUGACAGUUUGCACCGGAAGCUCGAUCCGAACACGGUCGCCAUGGUCUCGCCGAUGCCCAGUAUUUCCGACCUCAUGUCCGAGAGCUCGCACAGCAAUUCGAACAGUACUGGACAGAGUAACUCGAGCGAUAGCAGCGUCAUAUACAGGCCGAGCAGCGAGAGCGGAAGUGACAUAAAAACUAUUCCAAACAGGAAAAUCGAGACUACCUUUGAACAAAUGGAAAAGGUUUUAUCCGAAGUCCCAAACUGUGGAGGAGGCACCGUGGCGGAGGAGGACACGGAGAUGACGGUGAAGCCGAUGCAGCCUCUCCUCCGGGGGUACACGCCCGGUGCACGAGGACUGCAGACGUUGCCGAGCAGAACUACGACGCGGCAGUACACGGUGCUUCAUUCAUCGUCACAUCACCACGUCGGACACGUCGGUCACGAUUACGCGGACAGUGAUAUUGCUUCUGGGUAUCUGAGCGACAGGGAAGUCCUGAGGGGAGGAGUCGGCGUCGGUGGCGGACCCGGGGUUGGAAGCAGAACUCUGUCGGACCUCUGCGACGGUUACAUAUCGGAGGGUGGCGCCCCGCUCUACGCUCGGAGAAUCAUCCCUGAUUAUUCUCACGAUGACCGACUGGUGAGUGGAUCGAGACGAGAAUUGUCCGGAGUUAAAGAUCUGGUGUCCUCUCGGAGGGUCCAGAAGAGGCCGUCGGGCACCGGGAGGUCAGAUGGUGGUGGUCUUUUAGGAGGCUGUAGCGGUGGAAGCGACGCCCUGGCCGAACUCACGAUCGAGGAACUGGCUUCCAUACCCGCGGCCAACCACGCUGGUCAUCCCUCUCAUCACAAGAGGGUGCCUGGAGGCGGUAGCGCGGUUGUGGGGGGUGGCGUUGUGGGCGGGAGUGCCACCCCCCAAGGGCCAGGUGUACAACAGCAGCAGGGACACCCCGCUGGGAACAACGUGGUACACAGAGUCGUCAGUUCGAGGCACCCAGGCGGUCACCAUCACGUGAAAAAGUCUGACAGCUCGCAGCAAACUGACACCUCGGCCUUCAAGCAGCCCCAACAAAACAGCAACAGCUCAAACAGCAACUCGAACAGCCAACAAUGGAAAAUGUACAUAGAGGCUGGCGCUGCGAGAGACAGGGACCCGACUGGCCAUCCGGGCCCACCCAGUCCUAGUCCCUCUAGGCGAUCCCAGGACAAGCAUCGAAAACAGGCUAUGGCGGAGUACGCGAAUGGGGAGAAGCCACAGAAGGUUUCUUCCGGUACCUCGACCAGCAGUGGCGGUAGCAGCAAGGUCAGGGGGGUUCCACAGAGCUUCGGAUACGUCAAAAGGCAUAGUGCCGGAACCAGCAACACCAAUGGUUCUCAAAACGGAAGCAAGGAUCCUACCAGGACGGCGCAGGUCAGCGCUGUUCCUCGUACGAAGGUCAAGGUAUCGGGUGGCACACAGACCUGCACGACCGAGCUUCAGGCGAACUCGGGGCAAAAUCAAGGUCAGGGUCAAGGCCAAGGUCAUCACUACAAGAGCUACAGCCUUACGGGGGCGAGUGCCAGCCAGUUAUCGCAGUCGGUACGGGAUCGGCUGAUGCUGGGUUCUCAGAGCCUUCCGAAGCCGGGAAGUCCAGAGUUCACUGCCCUCUUCGCCGCGGCGCACCAUCGCGGCGGUGCAACGUCUUCCUUCACUCCGCGGGUUCUCAAGCCCUCCGACGGCAGCCUCAGCGACACCUGCAGCAACUACGCCGCCCCCGAUGUCCAGGGGUAUUACGCCGGCAGCAGCCCCUACGCCACCACCUCGUGGAUGCGACACAGCAACACCUAUACACCCAGCGGGCGCAGCCAAGGUAUGGGCCUGUGUGAAGCGGACAGCGUCGAGUCGCUUGGCUCCCAUCGAGCCAGUUUAACCCACGCCCGCCUGCUGAUGCACCAGAGGGAUUCCACCGGAUCACCAGCUCCGCCUCGGCUGAACAGAAGCAAUUCGAUCAGGUCGACGAAAAGUGAGAAAAUGUACCCGUCCAUGCUCGCCCGAGGAAGUGGCGCGUCUUCCUCCGUUGGGGAGGAGGUUGGUGUUGGAGUUGGGGUCGGUGUCGGAGUCGAACCCUACUACAGCGUGCCCGUAGGCUCAGCGGGAUGUCCUGGACAACACUGGUCUCAACCAACAUCACCGACACCCACGCAUGCCCCGAGGCAACCCCCGAACCUCUAUCAACACGUCCACAAAGAUGACGACAUUCACGGGUCCUCGGUGUCCCUGGUAUCAACUGCCAGCAGCCUCUACAGUUCAGCCGAGGAGAAGCAGGCACACGAAUUGCGCAAACUGAGACGCGAGCUUCUUGACGCACAAGAAAAGGUUCAUUCCCUCACCAGCCAGCUGUCGACGAAUGCACACGUUGUAUCUGCCUUCGAACAGUCCCUGUCCAACAUGACCCAGAGGCUGCAGUAUCUCACCGCUACCGCCGAGAAAAAGGAUUCCGAACUACAAGAAUUGAGAGAUACGAUAGAGCGACUGAGGAAACAGAGUGCCGAGGCUGGACUGAAUGCGUCGAAUCAAAAUUCCGCGACGAACGGACGUCGACAUACCCUCGGUGAUUCGGAAAGCACAACCGGGUGCACAGGAUCGAACAGCAACCAUCAAGGGUCUUCAAUGGCGAGGCAGUUGUCCGCGGACAGCGUGACAUCGUUGAACUCUUUGAGCAGCGCCUGCUCAGCCAGUAGUCAUCACAAGAAAAAAGGAUGGCUUCGAAGUUCCUUUUCCAAGGCGUUCUCUCGCUCAAGGAAAAACCGUCACGGCUCUGUCUCAGACGCUGAAGAUUGCAAGGAUGGACCAGGCGAAAUGAGUGCACCAAACAGCCCGAGGUUACCCACUGCAGCUAAACACGAAUCUCGAAGCCAAGCUCAGGGCCCGAGGAGCAACGGACAAAGAUCUCCGGAAAAUGAAAACGGACUGACGGGUAGCAAGAGUAGCUCUGCGUUGUACAAAAAAGAGGACGAGGAUGUUGACGAGCUGAAGAAACAAUUACGGGAGAAAGAUAUGGUUCUUACUGAUAUUCGGUUGGAGGCUCUGUCGUCGGCACAUCAGCUAGAAUCUCUGAAGGAUACAGUUAUCAAAAUGAGGAACGAAAUGCUGAACUUGAAGCAAAAUAACGAGCGUCUACAGCGUUUGGUAACAUCGAAAUCCUUGACCUCCUCACAAUCAUCGUUGCCAAGCGAUCCUGAAAGAAGAUUCAGCAUGACGGAGGUUGCCUCGAGCGUUGCGGCAAUGUCAAGCGGAGGCAAUCAUCCUCAGGGUACCGAUCAACUCGAGGAUUUAUCCGUCCCGGAACAUUCGGUGGUUCAGACAACGACGACGAUGACGAACGAACCUCCGAUCGAGCAAGACACCGACGGAAAGAGAAUCAACGUGGCGGUUUACCUCGGAAGUGAACGAAGCUUCAAUUUAAACGUGGUCGGAAACACGUCGACAGACGGAAAGAACGAGCCGGCUCAUUGCGUGAUCGCUAGUGUCUGUAUAUCGAACAAGACCACUUGGGAUUCUCUCGACGCCACCGUAAGACGGUGCUUCAAAGAGUACGUCGCCAGGGUGGAUCCGGUGACGAAUCUCGGCCUUGGAGUCGAGUGUAUCGCCGCUUACCACCUCGGUGAAUCUUCCCGCUGCACCACCGACUCUCAGUUACCGGAACUGCUGCCGUGUGGUUACCUCGUCGGUCACGUAAGAACGAUCUACUUGGUUUUGUCAGGUUACUCAUGGCUUGCCGUCGAUACCUUGAUUCCAAGAUCCAUAGUUCAGCGGCUGGUUUCACUCCUCACGGAACACCGCCGUGUUAUAUUGUGCGGCCCAAGUGACACUGGCAAGAGUUACCUCGCUGGAAAACUCGCACAUGCUUUAGUCGACACCGACACCGAGACGAAGUAUGCUGCCUCGGUCGCUACUGUCAACGUAGAUGACAAGCCCAGCAAGGAACUCAGGCAGUAUCUUGCUCACAUCGCUGAACGGUGCGAUUCGAGCGCUGCCGAUGAACUACCACGCGUUAUUAUUCUAGAGAAUUUACAACAUGCCGCAUCGCUUGGUGAAUUGUUUAGCGGGCUACUAGGCACCAGGCAUUCCUCCUGUCCGGCUAUCAUUGGCACCAUGAGUCAGGCUACCUGUAGCACUACCAAUCUUCAAUUACAUCAUAAUUUUAGGUGGGUUUUGUGCGCUAACCACAUGGAGCCGGUCAAGGGUUUCCUGGGACGUUAUCUCAGACGAAGACUGCUGGAGCAUGAGCUGCGAGAAUCGGGGGGAACGCGAAACGCAAAAAUGGCUGCAGUCGUUGAAUGGAUCCCCAGAGUUUGGCUACACGUGAACAAAUUCCUUGAAACCCACAGCAGCUCUGACGUCACGAUCGGUCCACGGCUGUUCCUAUCCUGUCCGAUGGAAGUCGCAGGCUCCCAAGUCUGGUUUACGGGUGUAUGGAAUUACUCCGUGUUACCGUAUUUGGUUGAUGCGGUAAGAGAAGGACUGACCUUAUACGGUCGGCGAAUUAGCGGAAAUGGUAACGGAGAUUCUCCUUGGGAAGAUCCUACCCACUUCAUUACAUCCAGCUACCCUUGGGUUGCACCUCACGCCGUUCACGGCGGGAGCGAUGCUCUCCAUCGAAUGCGACCCGAGGACGUCGGCUAUGACGUAAGUUCCGCUCAUAAUUCUGGCGUUGGUGCGUCCAGCGUGAAGAGCCUUGGCAGCACGCACAGUGACACGGAAGGCGAUCCGUUGUUAAACAUGCUGAUGCGGCUACAGGAAGCAGCCAACUAUUCAAGCCCGCACAGUAACGACAGUGACUCGGUUACGUCACUGGACUCUUCACACACGCGGCACUCCGAAGACCUGACUUGCAGCUCUUCAACCUCCUCCUCCAGAGGUGUUGAAUCUACGCUUUAGAGUAUAUGAAAUGAAUUGCCAUGUCGCAACUACGAAAACGGUAUUACAAAUUUACUACCUAUCGCUAAAUUUUAGAAGCGAGUGUAUAAAUGCCAAGACGAUUGCUGAAUUCAGGACGAAGGAGGUAAAUGUGCAUGUCAAAAACAAGUACAUGCUGGUUUUGUUUUAUAUUUUUGUUUUUAUCGUAAUUACUCAAAAAUUAUCUGGUGUUGAAUUGAUAGUUUUAAAAAUUUAUUCU